UUCUCCACUUAGGAAAAUGCUGAUGAGCUGCCGUGGAUUUCCAAAACUUUUUAUCCCAGUACUUGUAGCUUCGUUUUGAAUAAUCAGAUAGACGGACGACAGCUGGAGCAACACAACCGGUUAAGUCUGUCAGAGAUAUUAAGAUGAGCGCAGACACGGUGGAGCAGUCGGAGGCUCAGGCUGACCAGGCAGAGCAAAAUGGGAUCGACUUCAACAGACAAAUAAAGACAGAGGAUCUCCACGACUCGCCUCACCCAGGUUCCUCACUGAAGACAUGUCACCAGACGACCUCUCCGAUGUCUGGAGGGGAGCUCCCCUCUCUCCACACCAUGCAGCAGCUGGUUCUGAUGCCACCUUCUCACCUGUCAUCUCCGUCCCCCUUCCUGCUCUCCCAGAGCCCCACCAGCCACCAAGCCCUUCUGCAGCAGAACCUGCUGUCCCUUCCUGGCCAGAGUCAGGCUAAUCUCCUUCAGCACCAACCUGGACUUGCUCUGACUCCACAGGGGAUGAGUCGCUCUGGUCUGGCAGCAUCCUCAGUGGAGAACCACAUGGACAUGUCCCACCUGCAGAUGCCUAAGCACAUGUCGGUACAACCACAAGAAGAACCCAGUGAUCUGGAGGAACUGGAGCAGUUCGCCAAAGCAUUCAAACAAAGACGUAUCAAACUGGGCUUCACCCAGGGAGACGUGGGCCUCGCGAUGGGAAAACUUUACGGGAAUGAUUUCAGUCAGACCACGAUCUCCCGCUUCGAGGCUCUCAACCUCAGCUUCAAAAACAUGUGCAAGCUCAAACCUCUGCUGGAGAAAUGGCUGAGUGAUGCAGAGAACUCACCCUCUGACUCAAUAACCAACCCUACCUCUCUGCCGCCCAUGAUUGAGGGCUAUGGUCGCAAACGGAAAAAGAGGACAAGCAUCGAAACGAACAUCAAGCUGACGCUGGAGAAACGUUUCCUUGACAACCCCAAGCCCAACUCAGAAGAGAUAACCAUGAUCUCAGAGCAGCUGGCCAUGGAGAAGGAGGUUGUUCGAGUCUGGUUCUGUAAUCGGCGUCAGAAGGAGAAGAGGAUCUACUGCCCGGUGGCCACUUUAUCAGUCAAAUCACACAGCUACAACUCCAGAAUGCCCUCAGCAUCCAGACCUUACAGCCCUCUGGCUUCAGGUGGAGUUUCAUCAAACUCCUCUCCAAACAGCGGAAGCCGCGAAGCUUCUCCCAACGGUCUGUCGGCUGUCUCUGCCUCUUUAACCCCUCAGGUCAACCCAGCUUCGUAUAGCUCACCAGGGGCCUGGUACCGCACAUGGACUUCGUCUGCAUAUCAUCACUAAGAAACACGAACUGUAUCAUACAAAGCUUUUGAAGAUUGUUUUUUUUUUUUUUAUUUGUUUUUUUUUUUGGGAAGGAUAUACACGGAAGAUGUGACGCAAUAACACAAUGUCCCUGUUGUGACCAGGUUUCAACUACAGGCUAAAACCUUAGAUGGAAACCAAACAGCAGCACAAACAGAGGACUGCAACACACCACAAUGCUGUUAACACUCAACAGCCUCGAGCUGUUUGACUUGCGCUCGUGUGACUCUUUACUCUGUCCACACCAGCUGCAAAGAUGAAGAAUACACUUCAAAACACACACGACAGGUAUCAAUAACCCUGGUGGGAACGUUCAGGCCUGCAUGUUUAUGGUUUUAAGACUCAGAUAACCUGUUUGAACGUUGAAGGAUUCAGGUCCAGGUUCACUAAGUCAAGCUGUUCCUCUUUAUACUGCGCUACAAUGUUGUUACUAUAUGUUUUUGUGUUCAUAAUGUAGCUAGUGUUAUGUUAGUGUAUGUGAUAUGGUCGAAUACAGUGCAAGCCUGUCUAUGCAGUAGAAACAAAUGUUUUUUUAUAGAAGUUUCAUCACGUACAUGUAUGAGUGGUGCAAAAGACCCUGUAUAAAAACUUUUGUUUGUGAACAGCAGUGGCUUUUUUGCUUUAGUCCCUGCAAGGAUAGAUCUGUUGUAUUAAAACAGAAGUCUUAUUAUUGUUAA